AUGACUGCUUAUGUUCUCAGAUUCUGCAACAAUAUUAAAAGAAACUCUCCUAAGUUAGUUAAUUCACUUUCAUGUGAAGAGAUUCAAAAGGCAGAGGAAACUCUAAUAAAAAUUAUGCAGUCAGAAUGGCCCUCUGAAAUACGUGAGAAAUACAAGGAUACGAUACAGUUUUUCGAGGAAAAUGGCAUCCUGAAAGUUCAAACAAGACUGAUUCUCAGUCAAGAUCCAGAGGACUUUACACAUCCUACAGUUUUACCAGACCACCCUCUUCUAGAAAGACUGGUUUUGCAUACUCAUAGAAAUCUCGAUGUGGCCGUCCAUUAA